AUGGCGGAUUUGGUAGUGUUGCUGCUGGCAAUGUUUCCUAACAAGAUAUGCAAAGCCCACGUGGCAAAAUGCAGGGUGCAGGAUCCACACCAUCCAGUUCACACAUAUCACCACUCAGGAGAUUUUAUUAUUGGUGGCAUAGUUACUCAUGGUGGUUACUACUCCAGUCAAACAGCCUUCACUGAAGAUCCCCCACCAGCGUCGCCUGAAGAGCUUCUUGUGGUGCCUAAGGCUUACCAGCACAUCCUGGCCUUGGUAUUUGCAAUAAAGGAGAUCAAUGAAAACCCUCACAUCUUACCCAAUCACACCCUGGGCUUCCACAUCUAUGACAGCAAUGACAAUGCAAAGAAGACGUAUCAUACCACAAUGCUACUUUUAUCAACACUGGAGAAAUUUGUCCCCAAUUAUAUAUGUGACAUCCAGAAUAAUCUGACAGCUGUCAUUGGGGGGCUUGACUCUGAAAUCUCCCUUCAUGUGGCAACUAUUUUGCAUAUUCAUAAGAUUCCACAGCUCACAUAUGGCCCUGCUCCAGUGGUGAAUGAUAAGACUUCAGGACUUUUCUUCUACCAGAUGGCCCCCCAGGAACGCCACCAGUUUGCAGGAAUUCUCUCUUUGCUUCUACAUUUCAGAUGGACAUGGAUUGGGGUUGUUGUGGUGGAUAAUGACAAUGGAGAAAGAUUUGUGCAAACUGUGCUUCCAAUGUUUACAAAGAGUGGCAUCUGCUUUGCCUUUCUAGAAAGAUUCCCCAAAUAUAGUUAUGCCAGUGAAAGUUAUGACAUGUUACAACAGGGAGCAAAAAUACAUGAUAGCAUUAUGGGCAGUAAAGCUAAUGCAGUGGUGGUCUAUGGAGAAUCUUAUUCCAUGGUAUUGUUUAGAUGGCUUCCCUUUCUAUCAGGACAAGAGCAGAUGACGCUGAACAUGAAUGGCAAAGUAUGGAUAACAACAGCCCAGAUUGAAUUCACUUCAUUUGCAUUUCAGCGGAAUUGGAAUUCAGAAAUGUUCCAUGGCUCUAUUUCUUUCACAAUUCACUUUAAUGACCCAGAAGGAUUUAAUCUAUAUGUUAAGAGCAGAAAUCCAUCCAUUACAGAUGGAGAUAGUUUUAUCAAGCACUUCUGGGAACAGGCCUUUGGCUGUAAAUUUCCAGAUUCCAUGGCUGGCAAGGUGGAAGAGAAUGUUUGCACUGGGGAGGAGAAGGUGGAGAGCCUUCCUGCAGAUUUUUUUGAAAAGAGCAUGACGAGCCAUAGUUACAGUAUUUACAACGCUGUUUACGCUGUGGCCCAUGCUUUACAUGAGAUGUCUUCAGUCAAGCAUGAACAGAGAGCAAUGGUGCACCAAAUGAGGCAGAGGAAUCAGAACCACAAGUUCUGGAAGCUCCACCAAUUUCUGAGAAGUGUCUCAUUUAACAACACUGCAGAGGAUGAGAUUUCCUUCAACCCAGAUGGGGAGGUACUAUUUGGCUUGGAUGUUAUCAACUAUGUUAUAUUAUCCAAUCAAUCCUUUCAGAGAGUGAGAGUUGGAAGGAUGGAUCCACAGGGUUCUCCAGGUCAAGCAUUUACCAUUGAUGAUGAUGUCAUAAUUUGGCCCAGCUUAUUUAACCAGGCUCAGCCUCUUUCUGUAUGUACUGAGAGUUGCAAACCUGGUUCUUACAAGAAAGUGAUGGAAGGGGAGCCAUUUUGCUGCUAUGAUUGCAUCCCAUGUCCAGAAGGGAAGAUGUCAAACAAGGAGGAUAUGGGUGACUGUAAUAAAUGCUUAGCUGAAAACUAUCCUAGCAAAAGGCAAGAUACAUGCAUUCCCAAGGAUAUAAGCUUCUUGACUUAUGAAGAGCCUUUGGGCAUUAGUUUAGCCUUCCUUGCUCUUUCCUUUGGUUUGAUCACAGCACUGGUGCUGGGAAUAAUUCUGAAGAACCGCAACACUCCCAUCGUCAAAGCCAACAACCGAAACCUCACCUAUACUCUCCUCAUCUCCCUCCUGCUCUGUUUCCUUUGUGCUUUAUUGUUCAUUGGCCAACCUAAGACGGUGACGUGUCUCCUCCGACAAACUGCUUUUGGCAUCAUCUUUUCAGUGGCUGUUUCUUGUGUGCUGGCAAAGACCAUUACUGUGGUUCUGGCUUUCAUGGCCACCAAACCAGGUUCCAGGAUGAAGAAGUAUAUGGGGAAAAGACUGACCAACUCAAUUGUUCUUUCCUGCUCCCUUAUUCAAGCAGGCAUAUGUGCUGUGUGGCUGGCAACAUCUCCCCCUUUCCCAGAUGUUGACAUGCAUUCCCUGACUGAAGAAAUUAUAUUAGAGUGUAACGAGGGCUCUGUGAUUAUGUUUUACUCUGCUCUUGGCUACAUGGGCUUCCUGGCAGCUGUGAGUUUCACAGUGGCUUUUCUUGCCAGGAAGUUACCUGACAGUUUCAAUGAAGCCAAGUUCAUCACUUUCAGCAUGUUGGUCUUUUGUAGUGUUUGGUUAUCUUUUGUUCCAAGUUACUUGAGCACUAAAGGCAAAUACAUGGUAGCAGUGGAGAUCUUUUGUAUCUUAGCCUCUAGUGCUGGAUUGUUAGGUUGCAUUUUUUCCCCAAUUUGUUAUAUUGUUGUGUUAAGACCUGACUUGAACAACAGGGAAAUGCUAACAAGAAGGGCAUAG